AUGCAGUUACCGCCCGGAUUUCCCCAGUACACAUCAGACCUAGAAGCCACACUUUUGAGUGAGCUGUUCAGCGGAAAUUACUCUACAGUAGUUCGUCCGUCAUCUCUUGUCGCCGUCAAUGUUAGCUUCAUGUUGUAUACAAUUAAUGAUUUGAACAUUGUUGAUCAAACACUUUCUGUGUCUGGAAUGCUGUCCAUGAGGUGGCUGGAUCCUCGUUUGGCGUGGAUUACAAAACAUGAUUAUACGCCGGUUCCCUUUCUGUUUAAUACAGAGGAAAAUACAUGGACACCAGCAAUCUAUGUAGAGAACUCUGUGGAAGAUUUAUCGGUCAUCAACGAUGAAAAUAUGCCAAUGAGAAUUAAACCAAAUGGAGAAGUAAGACGCACUCCAGCAGGGGUAUUUAAAGUGUCUUGUGAAUGUGACGUCACAUAUUAUCCGUUUGACAAACAGACUUGUCACAUCAAUUUAACAACUUCCGGCUACACUCAGGGAGAAAUUGACCUUCACUACGACGAAAUCGUAGUUGAUCUGUCUGACUACGUCAUGAAUGGCGAAUGGGAUAUUGUCUCUGCAUGGGGAUCCUCGCUGGAUAGAACGAGGACCAGAAAUGGGUUCAAAUUUGCAACUUUAUCGUUUGGACUACAGUUGAAAAGACGUUAUUUGUUUCACACGAUUAACACCAUAUUCCCCGUGUUUCUGAUGGGCAUGCUCAUUCCUUUUGUGUUUAAGUUGAGGGUGAUAGAGGAGAAAAUUGGGUAUUCCUUGACAGUACUGUUGUCAUACGCUGUAUAUCUGACGUUGAUUGCUGACCAUAUACCUAGCACGUCUGUGUCUGUGUGCUACUUAUCCGUAUACUUGGCAGUUGUUCUGACAACAUCAACUUUGUCGAUUCUCAUCGUUAUUACUGGAUCUCGGGUCUCAACCCACCAAGGGGGCCUAUCUCCAUGUACCAAGGCGUUUGCAUACUGUCUUGCAAAAAUGUUUUGCGCUAGACGCUCUUGUUAUUAUGAUAAAACAGACAAUGUCCCCGAAGGAAAAGCCGGCGAAUUUUACAUAAACCGUAAUGAUAAUCUAUCGUCCAAAGAGUUUAUGCCUGAAGAAAAAGAAAACUUACCGAAUGACGAUAGAAUUGUACUCCUAUGGCAGCUACAGCCUGGCCACACCCAGUACACAUCAGACUUAGAAGCCACGCUACUGAGUGAUCUGUUCAGCGGAAAUUACUCCACACUAGUCCGUCCAUCAGCCGUCGUCACCGUUAAUGUGAGCUUCAUGCUGUAUACUAUCAAUGAUUUGAACAUUGUUGAUCAAACACUUUCUGUGUCCGGAAUGCUGACCAUGAAUUGGUUGGAUCCUCGACUAGUAUGGGCGAAUGAUUCCGAUUAUUCAUCAGUUUUAUUUCUGUUUAAUACGGAGGAAAACACAUGGACUCCAGCAAUAUACGUAGAGAAUUCUGUGGAAGAUUUAGCAGUCAUCAACGAUGAAAAUAUGCCAAUGAGAAUUAUGCCAAAUGGUGAAGUAAGUCGAACUCCAGCAGGGGUAUUUCAAGUGUCCUGUGAAAGUGACGUCACAUAUUAUCCCUUUGACAAACAGACUUGCAACAUCAAAAUAACAACUUCAGGCUAUACUCAGGGAGAAAUUGACCUCAACUUCAAUGAAAACGCAGUGGAUCUUUCUGCGUAUGUCACGAAUGGAGAAUGGGAAAUUGUUUCUGCUGGUGGAUUGUCUACAGGGGGACAGUCAAGAACCAGGAACGGGCUAACAUUUGCAAGCUUAUCGUUUCAAUUUGUAUUGAAAAGACGUUAUGUAUUUCACACAAUUAACACCAUAUUCCCCGUUUUUUUGAUGGGCAUACUCAUUCCUUUUGUGUUUAAGCUGGAAGAGAUAGCGGAUAAAAUUGGAUAUUCUUUAACAGUACUGUUGUCAUACGCUGUAUAUCUAACCGUGAUUGCUGACCAUAUACCUAGCACUUCUGUGGCUGUGUGUUACCUUUGUAAGCUGAAGUAA